AAGACAUUUAUAAUAAUUAUAAACUACUGAAAAUUAACUACUUCACAAAUUGGUAUUAAAAAACGCACCUUAAUGGGAUUUGAACCUCUGGAUUAUAAAUCUUCUACGUUACCCGCUACACCACUUCUUCAAUUGAGACUGCGCUACAUUGCGGGAUGCUGUAUAAUCAAUACUGUCAUGCUCCGGACCAAAAAGCGGAAUCGAGAAACUGCGUGUCAUCUAACAAUAUCAUGAAAACUGAAAGACACACUUGUGCACCAGAUAUCGAUGAUUUACCUGUGGGAGAAUCGAUCGAGGAGAUUGCUGAAUCUGUAGAUGAAUUACGGGAGAAGCUCGCCAAUAUGAAGAAACUCAUGAUAGAACGAAAGGGCACUACAUUGGGAGAAAUCAGUGCUCGGAAAAGAAAAGAAGCUUCUAAUAUGAUAGAUGGCAAUCUCUUGUCCUGGAUUUUUGGAUUGGCUCUUAUGGGAAUCCUAAUUGUUAGCUCCUAUGCUUUUUAUAAUUUGUAUUACGCAGUACUAAAGAGAUUCCCAUCCCAUCAUACUGAACUAUAAGGAGUGGGCAUAAAAUAAAAAGGAGCGAAACCAAAAUUUUCGCAAAUUCUUAACAUUAUUACAAAAAAUGAGCCUUGCUUAAUUUCCCCAUCAGACAUUUUAACGAGGAAAAUGCUGCCUCAUGUUCUUUUCGCUACAAACUUUUUGACCACUUUUUUCAGAAAAAUAAUCAAAGAAAGAAAUAAUCAAAGAAAAAACUGUUAAUUUGCUCGAAGGCACUAAUGCGCAUUGGUGCAUAUUAAAUCUGUUAUACAUUUUAAUUUUAAUAUAAUAAUGAAAUACAAAUAUUUCGUAUUAUAAAAUACAUAUGCUACUUAACAGCAUAAAUGUAUAUUGAUUAAAAGUUUAAAAGUAGUUCAAAAAUUUAUUUCGCGCUUAACUCGAUUCUAUUUAUACUAAAUACAUCUUUACAUCAAUUGGCGUAUGAUGGUUUAAAUAAUCAAUACUAGAGUGUCGAACUAAAUUCACUAUACAGUAUUCAAGUAAUUAAUGAUUAAAAAUAAAAUCAAAGGCUUAGAGAAUUAAAAAUUUCAGAGUGCAUAAACAGAGCAAUAAGCUAAGUUGAUAUCAGUGUACAAUUAAAAUUAAUGUAUUGACAAAUUCAAAUGCAAUGUAAAUAUUUCAAGCAUUUCGAUUCGUACUAAGUUAUCUUUAGUGGGUGAAAACUUACUUCUGAAUACAUAUAAUUGAUGCUUUAAUAAUAAUAAUAAUAAAAAUUCCUUUAAAAAACUUA